AUGAAAAUACCCUUUCGGUAUUCUACAAAACCAGUUUUGGUAUUUCAUAAAAAAGUUAAUAAUUCAAACCAACCAGACAAUAAAGAUCCCAAUUUCGAUAGAGCACACAAAGUUCGUCCAUUACUGUAUAUUAUCAAAGACAAUUUCAGAAGAAUUCCAAAAGAGGAAAAAUUAAGUGCCGAUGAACAAAUUAUUCCUUUUAAAGGACUUAUGAAAAACGAAGAUGAAUUAUCAAAAGAAAGUCGAGGAGCUAUGGACCACCGAGUAACCGAAAUUGAUGGAGUUCAAUUAUGUAUCACGCGUUGGUAUGAUAAUAAUGUUGUUAAUUGUUUGUCAACACUACAUGGCUGCCAUCUGAUCAAUUUAGUCCAACGAUGGUCGCCGAAAGGAAAAGAAAUACAUACAGAUCACACAACCAGGUGUUGUCAAAUCUUACAAUUAACACAUGGGUGGUAUCGACCUGAUCGACAUGUUGAUAUCUUUGUAUCGGAUAAAUAUACGUUCGUAAAAAUAUUAUCUCAAGAUAAUAUUCCACCUGAUUGA